AUGUUUGUUCUCUCGCUGCUUCUCGCUGCCACCACUCCCAUUGCAUCGGCCGGGAGUAGCCUCCGUGACUCUGGCCUAAGUCCGUCGUGGGCUGAAGCAUACCGUAAGGCGGAUACAGCAGUAGCUAAGCUGUCUUUGGACGACAAAGUCGGGCUGGUGACACCCCAUGAAAAUCCGUGUACAGGCAACACAUCUCCAGCUCAGGCAAUUGGAUAUCCGUCACUCUGUCUUAAAGAUUCACCUCUCGGCAUCACCGAUGCCAAUGGCAAUGCAACAGCAUUCACCCCAGGCAUAAUGGCAGGGUCAACUUGGGAUGUGAACCUGAUUCGGCAACGCGGCGAAUUCCUCGGCGAGGAGUCAAAAGCCGCUGGCAUCAACGCUCAACUCGGUCCAGUGGCUGGAGCCCUCGGGAAGAUUGCACAUGCUGGCCGCAACUGGGAAGGUUUCAGCGUUGAUCCCUAUCUGCAGGGUAUCGCAGUUGCACACACUGUCGAGGGAAUGCAGGGUGCUGGUGUUCAGGCCGUCACGAAGCACUUCAUCGCGAACGAACAGGAGCUGAAUCGAGAGACAAUCAGCUCAAAUGUCAACGAUCGCGUUAUCCACGAAUUGUACUUAUGGCCAUUCGCAGAUGCCGUCCACUCCAAUACGGCGGCCGUAAUGUGUUCAUACAACAAACUGAACAGCACCUGGGCUUGUGAGGACGAUCACAGUCUAAACGGUCUACUAAAGACGGAACUCGGAUUUCAGGGUUACGUUAUUGCAGAUUGGGGCGCCCAACACUCUACUGAGAAGUCCGCACUCAGCGGUCUAGAUAUGGCUAGUCCGCGGUACGGUUUGUGGGGGGCUAAUUUGACCACCGCGGUUAGCACAGGCAAAGUACCUGUCGAGCGGUUGAACGACAUGGUUCGCCGUAUUCUCGCCUCAUGGUACUUCUUGAACCAGGAUGAAAACUACCCACCCGUCAAUAUUACUGCUGCCGUAAGGGGCUCCCAUGAGGAGAAUGUGCGCGCCGUGGCACGCGACGGUAUCGUCCUACUACGAAACAAGGGCAAUAUUUUACCUCUUUCGAAGCCGAGCUCGCUUGCGGUCAUCGGCUCUGCUUCUGUUCCGAACCCAGAUGGUUAUAAUUCGUGCGGAGAACGUGCGUGCAACAAAGGUGCUCUUGGCAUGGGCUGGGGAUCUGGCACCGCUGAUUACCCUUAUUUUGUAAGCCCCCACGAUGCAAUCAAGCAGCGCGCGAGCGGUGAAGGCACCACGGUGAUCCUCAGUGCAACAGAUGAUCCGGUCGAAGGUGCCAAGGCUGCCCAGGGCAAGGACGCCGCAAUUGUUGUGAUUACAUCCGAUUCUGGUGAGGAAUAUAUUACAGUUGAAGGCAACCACGGAGACCGCAACAACUUGGACCCCUGGCACCAGGGUAAUGAGCUAGUGACGGCGGUGGCUGCAGAGAACCCGAACACGAUCGUCGUCAUCCACAGCGUUGGGCCAAUAAUCCUCGAGAAAAUUCUCGACAGCCCUGGGGUCAAGGCCAUCGUGUGGGCUGGCCUACCCAGCUCAGAAAGUGGAAAUGCCUUGGUCGAUAUCCUCUACGGUGAAACAUCUCCCUCCGGGAAGCUCCCAUACACAAUUGCCCGAAAUGAAUCCGAUUACCCGGCUAUGAUAGUCACCACGGAUAACGACGACUUCGUUGAGGGUCUGUACAUUGACUAUCGACAUUUUGACGCCAAGGAGAUUGUGCCGCGAUACGAGUUUGGAUACGGACUCUCGUACACUAGCUUUGAUUAUAGUAACAUCCAGGCGAACUCAACCGCUAGGGCUGGUCCUGCCUCUGGUGAAGUCAUCCCGGGAGGUCGGGCGGACUUAUGGGGGGAUGUCGCCACAGUUACGUGCACCGUAACGAACAAUGGCUCGGUAGCAGGAGCGGAAGUCGUGCAACUUUACAUCAGCAUGCCUUCGACCGCACCUGAAGCCCCGCCGCGUCAACUACGUGGUUUCGCCAAGCUACGCUUAGAACCUGGUGGCAGCGAGAUGGCAGUGUUCAAGCUGCGACGCCGUGACUUGAGUUUCUGGGAUGUAUCAUCCCAGGAGUGGGUCUUGCCGGAUGGCAGCUUUGGUGUCUUUCUCGGCGCCAGUUCUCGCGACAUCAGGUUAACUGGCUCAAUCUCGACGACAACUCCUGUCUACGCGUAG